AUGAAAAGAUCACCACAGGAGCUGCUGGCAUCACAGCCCAAGAAACCGAAGGUGUCCUCCGAUCGUCAGACAGAUGGCGAACCCAACGAAUGGAGCCGCGUAGAGAAACGCAAGGCUAAGAAAGCCAGAAAGAUCGAUGCAAAACACGAAGUGUGUAUGUCCGCCCAUUCCCAUGCAUUUUUAAUUGUCGGUUCCCCUCAGGCGUUGGUGCCAAGAUUCCUGUAUGUGAAUGGCGAAAUCGUAAAGAGAAGAGAUGCUAUACACAUCGACGACGUCAGAGACUUGGUCCUGCACAUCAUCGCAGACGCACCACCCCCAAACUGGGCCAAGGUAGAGAAUGCGCGGUCAAUACAAAGAGUCGUUGUCCUCCUCGUACCAGGAAUUCUACCCUCCUUCUUGUGUCUUCCCCCGCUCCCAACGUCAGCAACCGCCAAUCCUAACAUACCUCUGGCCAUACCCCUCCCAUCGGAGUCACAUACUCCUAUCCCAUUCAUCGCAUCCACCUUUAGUCAUGCUUGUCCGACACGUGCACCAGGGGACCAAACCAGAAUGUAUUCCGUCCUCGGCGCGUUUUUCCAAGGUCCCGUAAGCAGCGAGGAGAAACGCAAACGGAUCGAAGCUCGCUUAGCGUCAGAACGCGCCGCCGGGAAAGACCCUUCUUUAUAUGUCCUUACAUUGCAAGAGAUGAUCGAGAAUGACUAUCCCAUACCAUCGUACAUGGCAGACGUGUUCGAGAAGCCUCCAGGUUGGGUAGAAACCCCUCGUCCCGAACACGAUUCCAUCUUGUCAAUACCUGCAAAACGCCCAAGAGUGUAUGCCGUAGACUGCGAGAUGUGCAUGACAGAAGACGGCAAGGAGCUCGCUAGGGUCUGUGUGAUUGAAUAUGAAUCGGAUAUCGUCGUAUACGAUAAACUCGUCAAGCCUUCGAAACCCGUCACCGAUUACCUCACGCGUUGGUCCGGCAUAACAGAAGCCCACCUGGCAACAGCUACAACAACACUUUCUGAUGUCCAAGCACAUCUUCUCACGAUCCUCUCACCUCCCGGCGGCCCAACCUCCGUACUGGUGGGACAUUCCCUCGAGUCUGACCUCAAAGCUCUCCGACUGUGUCAUCCCCUCUGCAUCGACACCGCACUAGCCUACCACCACCCGCGCGGCCGGCCGCUCAAGCCGGGUCUGGCAUGGCUCACAAAAAAGUGGUGUCAUCGCGAAAUUCAGACUCGCGGAGAGGGGGGACAUGAUCCGGAAGAAGAUGCUAGGGCCUGCGUAGACUUGCUACGUCUCAAAGUCCAGAAUGGUGCAGGGUUUGGAGAGUUCAAGACUGAUUACGAGAGUAUUUUCGACAGGAUGAGUCGUGCAAGCGGGAGGGGAGGACCUGGGAGCGUUAAAAGUGCUGUGGUCGACCUCGGAAAUCCAACCGCAAUGCAUGGUGCCAGAGCAAAUACCUCGCUUGGGUGUACAACUGAUGAGGAGGUGCUAGAGCGGCUGAUUCAGAUUGUACCCGCCCAUGAAUUCACGUUUGGGAGAUUCAUGGGUUUGGCAGAUGUUUUGGGAUGGGUGACACCGAAAUCUACGACAGACGUGCCGGCGCCACCAAAGCCUUUUGUCGAGCCAACUCCGGAAGCACUCCUUGCUGCGCAAACCAAGCUCAACUCACACCUCACGACGCUGUAUGCUUCGUUGCCGCCGCGCACCGCGGUUGUCGUUUUCACGGGUCACUCAGAUCCGAGGCAUAUGUCCGCGCUCAACGCACGUAAAUCCGCGUUUGAGGGCGCGAUACGGAGUGGAAAAAAGGCAGAGGAAAUGGAUAGGAGCGAGUGGUGGACUGCAGCUGAUGGGAGAGAGCUCGAGGAAGAAGUUACACGUGCAAAGAGAGGGCUGCUGUUCUUGGGUAUUAAGUAG